GGAUCCUGACUUCUGUGGGGACCGCCGUCGUGGGUCCACAUUUUCCUCCGGGGGGGACUGAAGGACUGCGCUUCCUGGCGGCCGGACCAUGGACUAUCUCCUGGGGAUUGUACUGCUGUGGUGGGGGGCAUCCCUGCCGGCAAGCGCGAGCGCGGUCCCUCAGCAGGCGAAGCGCAACGUCCCCAGGCUCAAGCUCUCCUACAAGGAGAUGUUGGACUCCAACAAUCUAAUUACCUUUAAUGGUCUAGCUAACAGCUCGAGCUAUCACACCUUCCUUCUGGACGAAGAGAAGGGCAGACUGCUGGUGGGAGCCAAGGAUCACAUAUUCUCCUUUAAUCUCGUCAACAUUAACAAGGACUACCUGAAGAUUGUGUGGCCCGCUGCUCCUUCAAAGCGUGACGAAUGCAAGUGGGCAGGAAAAGACCUCCUGAAGGAAUGCUCCAAUUUUGUCAAAGUGCUCCAGCCUUUUAACCAAACCCACCUUUACACUUGCGGGACGGGGGCCUUUCAUCCCGUCUGCGCCUACAUGGAAGUGGGACGACGCCCAGAGGACAGCAUCUUUCGGCUGGAGACGUCACACUGGGAGAACGGCCGAGGAAAGAGCCCCUACGACCCAAAGAUGCUGACUGCUUCCCUUUUGGUUGAUGGGGAGCUAUACUCUGGCACAUCAGCGGAUUUCAUGGGAAGGGACUUUGCAAUUUUCCGUACGUUGGGACCCCAUCAUCCAAUCCGAACGGAGCAGCAUGACUCCAGGUGGCUAAAUGACCCCAGGUUCGUAGGAGUGCACCUGAUCCCCGAAAGUGACAACCCUGAGGACGACAAGAUCUACCUGUUCUUCCGUGAGAGUGCCAUGGAUGGGGAGCACACGGGGAAGGCCACACACGCGCGCGUCGGACAGCUCUGCAAGAAUGACUUUGGAGGCCACAGAAGUCUGGUGAAUAAAUGGACCACCUUUUUGAAAGCAAGAUUAAUUUGUUCCGUACCGGGCAACAAUGGCAUCGACACUCAUUUCGACGAGUUGCAGGAUGUCUUUCUGAUGAGUUCGAAGGACCCAAAGAAUCCAGUAAUAUACGGCGUGUUCACAACAUCCAGCAACAUCUUCAAGGGGUCGGCAGUGUGUAUGUACAGCAUGGCGGAUGUGCGGAGGGUCUUCUUAGGGCCGUACUCCCACAGGGAUGGGCCCAACUUUCAGUGGGUGCCCUUCCAGGGGAGGGUGCCCUACCCAAGGCCAGGCACGUGUCCCAGCAAGACCUUCGGAGGGUUCGACUCCACCAAGGACCUCCCUGAUGAUGUCAUCACCUUCGCCAGAGCCCAUCCCGCCAUGCACAACCCGGUGUACCCCAUCAACAACCGGCCCAUCGUCACCAAAACGGAUGUAGACUACCAGUUCACGCAGAUUGUCGUGGACCGAGUGGAGGCGGAGGAUGGGCAGUACGACGUCAUGUUCAUCGGAACAGAUGUCGGCACUGUUCUGAAAGUGGUGUCCAUUCCCAGAGAGACCUGGCAUGACCUGGAAGAAGUUCUCUUGGAGGAAAUGACAGUCUUCCGGGAGCCGACGGCCAUCACAGCCAUGGACCUUUCAACCAAGCAGCAACAGCUGUACCUUGGUUCUGACAUCGGCAUUUCCCAGAUGCCCCUGCACCGCUGCGAUGUGUACGGGAAGGCGUGCGCCGAGUGCUGUUUGGCCAGAGACCCGUACUGCGCCUGGGAUGGCACCGAAUGCUCCCGCUACUUCCCGACGGCCAAGAGACGAACAAGACGCCAAGACAUCAGGAACGGGGACCCCCUGACCCAGUGCUCGGACCUGCAACAUCAGGAUGAUUUGAAUGGCCUUGGAAGUCUGGAAGACAAAAUCAUCUAUGGUGUGGAGAAUAGCAGCACUUUCCUGGAGUGCAGCCCAAAGUCCCAGCGAGCGCUCAUCUACUGGCAGCUCCAGAAACCAAAUGAAGAGCAUAAACAAGAGAUCAAACCAGAGGACAGGUUCGUAAGGACAGAGCAGGGCCUUCUCAUCCGGAGCCUGCAGAAGGACGAUUCCGCAAUCUACUACUGCCACGCCGUGGAGCACGGGUUCAUGCAGACGCUGCUCAGGGUCUCCCUGGAGGUCAUCGACACGGAGCGCUUGGAGGAGCUGCUGCACAAGGAGGAGGACGGCGGGGCCGAGGACACCAAAGUCAGGGAGGGCCCUGGCCACCUCCCCAACCAGAAGGUGUGGUACAGGGACUUCAUGUCCCUCAUCAACCACCCCAACCUGAACAGUGUGGAGGAGUUCUGCGAGCAGGCGUGGCGCCGCGAGCGCAAGCAGCGCCGGCAGAAGGCCCAGAGCAGCUCGCCGCAAGCCAGCAAGUGGAAGCACCUGCAGGAGAGCAAGAAAGGCCGCAACCGGAGGACCCACGAGCUGGAGAGGGCCCCGCGGAGCGUCUGAGCGCGUCCGAACGCUCGGCCCACCAUCCCCCCGGCUGACUUCCAAACAGACACUCAACUGGAAACAAGCGCGAGUGUGCCCCAGGCCGGAGCGGUUGCGCUGUGAACACGAUAGCAACGACUGGAGAGAGAGGACUGGAGGCACCUUCACGUGUCGAUCUCCACCAAGGACGGACCACUGAAAUUUGGACGCGUGAACAAGUUCCUGUAAAUAGUUGAUAGCGAGGACUAUGUGUUGCAUUGCUCUGGGUUCCAGUUUCGUUCUACCCUUUUAUUUUACUGUUACUGUAAAGCUUAAAAACAUUGUCAUCUUAGAAAAGGAUAACAGCAUUAACUGAAGUACAUGCAGGACUAAAACGGUUCACUGGGUCCAGCAAAUAAACGCUUAACUAUUUGCUUCUUUCGACAGACAUAUUGACCGAAAGGCACUUCAAUCAACAUUACAAUUCAGUCAAGUAUUCAGCCAUCUGUUUUUAUUUUCUCAUCCUGCUCAACAACAGGAGGGCUGGCCAGUGAUUCCAGUGUUUGUUUUUAGGAGACCUUACAGAAUGGAAGUCCUGAAAGAAAGAAAG